CCAGGGUUUUUGGCGGCAUGAAGAACAAGCGCAAGGGCAAGGAGAUAGCGAGCGAUCCUAGCGACGAGGACGACGAUCACGACGCGUCACAUAGCAGCGACGACGAAGAAUCUGAGUCAGACGAGAAUUCCACUGUGAAUGUGGACUUCGAAUUCUUUGAUCCAAAGCCGGAGGAUUAUCACGGCGUGAAGCUGCUGCUCCAGAACUAUCUCGACGAUUGUGAGUGGGACCUUGCGGGAUUCGUGAAUUUGAUCCUCGGCCAGACGAGAGUGGGGACUAUUGUCAAAGCCGGUGGAGACGAUCCAAUUGGUCUUAUCACAGCUCUUAACAUUAGGAGAUACAAGGAGCUUCCAUCGAUUCAAGCCAUCCGAGACUUCCUUGUGAAGCGUGCCAAGAACAGUCCAGAGCUUUCCAAGCUCCAAGCUUUGUGGCAAAGCGAUAAAAACGUUGGACUGCUUGUCAGCCAGCGCCUCAUGAACGUCCCUCUGGAGCUCUGUCCGCCUCUACACGAUGCCAUCUUCGAUGAAAUCGCAUGGGCCACCGAAGACGAGCCUUCUGUGGAACUAAGGGAGAGCUUCAAGUUCCAGCAAUACCUCAUUCAAACUCGGGUCUAUAAGGAGGUUCGUACUCACGACACUCUUAAGAAAAAAAAGAAGAAAGUUCCGAAGAAACAACCAGUAAACGAAGAUGGUAACUUUAUAUUUAUUAAGCCUGAAGACGAGCUAUUUUUCCAGUUAAGCUCGUGGCACUUUACCUUUCCAGUCCAGGCCGAAACUAUGUUAGCCCAUCAGACCAAAGGGUUGCAGCUCCUGGGAUUGGUAAUGGCUGUCAGUGCAAAGCAAAUCAAGGCCUUCAGAUCCAAGCUAAAAGGAUUGGUCUGUUGAGUUAGAGCAGCAAACUUCGAGCUCAUCCAAGCUAUAAAGCCGUCGAAUUUGAAAUCACGUGUGGAUCGAAGUCCGUAUAAGAGAAAGGAAACACUUAAAACAGUCAAGUAAAUGUUCUGUAACUCAAAGAACUGGAUGGGAAAUUGUCUGUUUACCAUA